AUGGCUCUCGGCGUCUCCAUGACUCCACCGCCCCGCGUGGAACUCCACUGUAACUGGUCCGCAGAAGCCCCGCCCCUUUCCUGCCUCUGGUCCCCGCCAUUGGCUUACCGACACCCGGUAGGUCAGUUCCCGCCUCCCAUUGGCUCACUGCCUCAUCAGUCAGGCGCAGCAAGAUUCGGGUCGGUGGGAGGGGAAGGCUUUGGAGGGGGUGGAGUGGGAGUGGGAUUAGAGGACGAGGUGGCGGCGGAGGGUGCAGGGGCUCGGGCUCCGGUUGGGGAAAGUUUGCCCUGCCAGGGACCGGCCUCUGGGCGUGAGGCCCAGCGCCGCUCCCAACCAGAGCGAGGGUCUCGGGUCCCCGAUUCCCGCCCCUCGGUCCCGCAAGCCCCGGAAGCCACUAGGGGGAGGGGAGAAGGAGGGACCUUGGUAGCAGGGACCGAGCCACCCCCGAUCGCGCCCGCGGCGCCUCUGGGACUCCCCCGAGGGGCGGAGUGCGCAGCUCCAGCCCGCGGCGCCGACCCCGGCGGCCUCCCGCGGAAGCCUCCGGGGACCGGGAGAGGAGGGUCCCCGGGCCGGGGCGUGACCGAUACGAGCCAGGCCGCCAGGGCCCCUCCCGCUUCCCGCCGGGGCCCCCGAGGGCCGGUCCCUGCAGGGGCGGGGAGAAGGGGGGCAGCGAAGGGGGCGCUGGCGAGCCAACCCGGAACCUCUCGGCCCGCCUCCCGCCCCCGGCCGCGGCCCCAGCGCGCCUCCGGCACACAUGCCCGCACCCAGAAAGUUAAGUCAGGGGCGAGCCCGGCGCCGCGCCGCCGCCCGACCCCGGCUUCCCGGCCCGCCGCCCCCUGGAGCCCCGCGUCACCUUCACACACCCCCGGCACUUCCCGAGUCCUGCCUCCCCUCGCCCGGCUCCCACCCAGCGCUGCAGCCGCCGCGCCUCCCGGGAAGCAGGCUGCAGCCCCGGCUGCACCGCCCGUCAGGCUGCACUGUCGGCUCGGGUGCUCCUUCCCAAGGCUGCUCCCGGCCUGGGCGCUCACCUCUCCCGCGACGCCGCGGGCUGCAGCCUCCGCCCGCCCCGCGCUCCGGGACUGGUCUCCCGAGCCUCCGGGCCGGGCGCUGGAGUGCCUCCUUUCUCUCCCGGGGACUCUGCGUCGCCCAGCCGCUUCCCGCCCUCCCCAGCCCCCCAACAUCCGAGUCCUCAGCUCGGCGGCGCCUGGAGGAGGCGAGUCCCGGGCUCCGCACGCCAAGGCAGCGCUGCCCGCACACAAAAACAGCCCGCCUGGCAGCUCUGCCGGGCUGCGCGCACCAAGGGCAGCAGUCCCGGGAGGGGACACGGCGCCCCCCGCCCGCCGCCCGCCGUCCUCGGGGCCCCCGGGGAAGGCGCGGUUACCGGAGGGGCCGUCACGCCGUCAGGUGCCGGCAGCCGUCGGCGCUGACCUUCGCCGCCGCCGCGGGAGCCCAGGCUGCGGCCGCCAUGUUCCCGUGUUAAUAACUGCUGCCUGGUUGUUUAUUUCAAUGGAGAUCCUCCCCCAGCUCCCUCCUCCUCCUCCUCCUCCGCUGCCGCCGCCGCUCCGCACUUGCGGAGAGAGACACAGACCGCGCGAGCUCGCGAGCAGGGGAGGGGGCUCGGGGCCCGGCUGGCCCGCCCUCCGCCUCCCGGCUGCGGCCGCCUCCGAGCGCUGUCACCGCGGAGAGGACGGGGCGGAAACUUGCCUCCCGCGUCCCCGAGCGCGGGGCCAAGGUGCAGCCGGCGCUCCCCCGCCGAGCACACCCCGGCCGCGGGGUCCGCAACAUCUGCCCCCGGCCCGGGAGACCUGGAGAGAGCCCCGGGGAUCGGGGACAAAAAUGGGUGACCGUGGUCGAGAGAGGGUGACCUAUGGGUGA